GUUUGGGAAGGAAUCUAUACGAUUGUGAGAAAGAAGCGACGAAGAGAAGAUGGCGAAUUCGGGACCGCCUCCUGCGCGGUUAUGUGCGCUUUCUGAUCUAAAGGAGAGGGGGGUGGGUGAGAAGGUUAGGGUGCUCGGGUGUAUAACACACUACAACACCACCACCGCCCUCCUAACUCUUCACCCCCCCCACCCCCCCUCCCCUUCCUCCCCCACCGCCGCCAUCCACCACCACGCAGCACUCAUCGACCUAACCCUCCUCCUCUCCUCCUCCUCGCCCCCCCAAACCAGCAUCGGGGAAUGGGUGAACGUCAUCGGGUACAUCACUUCACAAUCCCCUCCCUCCGCCGCCGUUCCACCUCCGCCUGCAGGACGAGGAGAAAGAGGGAGUCGGAGAGGAGGCCGGAGGGGGAAACGCGAAGAGGGAGAAGGGUCUAAGGGGGAACAUCGCACGAGCAUCCAAGCCCUCCUCCUCUGGCCUGCUGGGUCACUGAAUAUCCAAGACUACGAACAAGUCGUCGCAGACCUAAAAGCCGAGACCGAUUUGAAGAAACCUGAGAUGGUAGUAUAA